UCUUGUCUUCCCUUCUAUAUCCAUUCUCCUUCUUUCCUUCCUUCCCUCCCUCCUAUCUCUUGCAUAUCGUAUUUCACGUCGACUGCUAUCUUCCCUUGUACCCACGUCGACUCAUCCGCCACCCACCCAGCGACCACCCACCGCCAGCCACAUCGCGGCCGCACGCAUCAAAAGUCAAUGCAGUACGGCAGCCAAUCGCCCACUCUAGGCCGUGAACCCCUGCUCGCGUCCGCCCAGAAUCCUGGCAUGUCCCAGCGUCUCUCUGAAUCAUCCUUUACUUCAUACGAUAACCAGUCUAGCAUGUCUCACCGUGUCGGCGCAAACUCUCCCACUGGCGCGUCCUAUGCGAGUUUCUCUUCUGGCAACAGAUUUGGUCCCACAGCGCAUCUCAACCCUGGCCCCGUUGCUGGUGUCAGCGAGGCAGGUGCGUUGCCUACGGACGCAUAUGCCCAGGGGCCGAUAGAUGACGAUGAUGAUAUGGACGACCACCUGCAUACCUUUACCGCCGCUGAGAAAAAGGAUCUCAGCACGCCGUUUAAUAUCAGUUCUUGGCGAGGAUGGGCCAACGCAUUGACUUUGGCUGUUUUGGCAGGCGGCGGUGUAAUGCUUUUCGCGGGUUACCCUAUCAUAUCGUUCUACUACGGCGAUGACAGCUCUAGCGGGUCUAACACAUCCGGGUAUAACCUCGGUGGUAUCAAUGCCAGUGGACAAUAUCCUUCUAUCACUGGCUUGCCCAGUCUGAUCGACUCAGAUACACCUGAGUACCUGUACACAAGAACUGGGUUCGAUGGGAAGGAGUGGACAUUGGUAUUUUCGGACGAGUUUGAAAAAGAUGGAAGAACAUUCUUUGAGGGUGAUGAUCCAUUCUGGACAGGUGUUGAUUUAAAUUAUUGGCCAACUGGUGACCUGGAAUGGUACGAUCCUUCUGCCAUCACUACGGCCGAUGGUCACCUAGUCAUUACCGUCACUCAAGAACCCAUCCACGAUCUCAACUUCAAGUCUGGUAUGCUCCAGUCUUGGAACAAGUUUUGUGUCAGCAAAAAUGCCUAUAUUGAAUUCUCUGCUUCUUUGCCUGGCACGAGCGGUAUUGGUGGUUUCUGGCCUGGUGUCUGGACUAUGGGUAACUUGGGACGACCUGGUUAUGGUGCUUCUACUGAAGGAAUGUGGCCAUACACUUACAACUCUUGUGACGUCGGUAUUCUUCCGAACCAAACUUGGCUCAAUGGUACAGGCCCCGAAGCCGCACUCACCAGUGGUUCCAGCGGCACUCAGCUCUCUCUACUUCCCGGUAUGCGUACCCCGUCAUGUACGUGUGAGGGCGAAGACCAUCCUGGUCCAGACGUUACCGUCGGUCGAUCGUCUCCUGAAAUCGAUAUCAUUGAAGCGCAGAUCAUCAUUUCCGAAAACCGAGGGGAAGUCUCCCAGUCAUUCCAAACUGCACCCUUUGACGACUACUACCAAUGGGACAACACUUCAACAAGCAACUACAAGCAGUAUGAUACUGACUUGACAUACUGGAACACAUACCUCGGUGGUACAUACCAACAAUCUGUCUCUUCUCUUACCCGUGUACCCAGAGACAUCUAUUACAGCCAGUCCGGAGGUGGCGGCGAAUUUGCCAUGUUUGCUAUGGAAUACGAUUCUGCUCCCAAUAAUAAGGAGGAUGGAUACGUAACUUGGUACAGCGACAACAAAACUAGUUGGACCAUGUAUGCGGACGCCGUUGCGGCGAAUGAAAGGGUCGGUAUUGGAAGACGAACCAUUCCCGAAGAACCUAUGACCCUGAUCGUCAACCUUGGUCUUUCGUUCAACUUCCAACCUGUCGACUUCGAUCAUCUCACUUUCCCCAACUACCUUCGCAUUGAUUACUUCCGUGUGUAUCAACAAUCGGACAGUAUCUCUAUCGGAUGUGACCCCGAUGACUACCCCACUGCAGAUUAUAUCUCCAAACACGCCGAGGUAUACUCCAAUGCGAAUUUGACGACUUGGGCUCAAGCAGGUUACACCUUCCCCAAGAAUGAGUUGACCGGGUGUUAAACAGGUGAGGGGUUUGAGUAUGGAUAUGAACGCGAGCACGAGGAAGUUGAGGUGCUAGAGAGAGAAGGCAGUGGAGAAUUAGAGAAGGACGAAGAAGCAUUUGACGACAUCUACGCAUAUAUUCGAAAUGCCUACGACCCCGAGGAACCCAAGCAAUCAAUCAGUUCCCCCAAUCAACUUUUGAGAGAGUCAAUCAAACACCGGACAUUUCACAUGCCUUCUUAUUAUCUACUUUUUACCUUGCUUAGACGCUAUAUUUUUGACUUUUUUCUCUAGGAGUGAGCGUUUUCCCUCCUCAUUGUCCAUGUGGAUUGAAAUGCGACGGUGUCGCGCGGUGAUUAUCACGAAAAUCUUAGCUUUGACAGUUGAUUUUUUAUCGCUGUCUUUUCCAUCUCCCUUUUUUAUUUCAAGUGAACUUAGGAUACCCCUGCAUAUCUAGAGAAAGUAUACCCGAAUGCAUUUUUGCUUUGACGAUUAGUG